GACGAACCGCGUGACGAACCACCAGAGCCGCCUCUGGAUGAAGAAUCCCUCCGAGCCGUCUCGCUUGCGCUACAAGCUCAACUACUUCUUGUACAAUAGGAAGGAAGACUACCAGGUGAUAGCGACCGACUACGCCAACUUCACUAUCGAGUACCAGUGCAGCGGCAAUAACUUCCUCAACAGACGGGAGACGGUGUGGCUGCUGACCCGAGAACAAUACCCGCACCCGUUCGUGCUGGAGCGUGCCUUCACCGCGCUGCUGCAGCUGGGGCUGAACGACAUAGACCUGGACCGCGCCUAUCAGAGCUGCACAGUCAGGGACGGCACGAACCGCGCCGACCGGCGUCGUUCCUUCGCCGACUGGCUGACAGGCGGCAUGACUAGUCGCGUGCAGCGGCGCAUGCAGGGCAAGUCUCUCUCCGGCUUCGUCGCGUGGAUGGGCCUUUGAGCGGGCGCGGCAAGGGGGCGGCCGCCUGCUCGCGCCCACGUGCACGCCUGGGAGUGGACGAUCGGUCGACGAGAGACAGUGAAGUGGUUUGGCGGGACCUGAACUGCCGCCGUGCUGGCGACUAGUGAGGUAGUGCGUUGAGCGUGUGGUUUGCAGUGUGGGGGCUUUGUACUAGUUGCUCCUUUGACGGGAGAUGAGGCCAAACUGAUAGAUGUGUCGUCUUCUUGAUCGGCCCCUGGUGAACGGGCGCAACUGACUUCGAGCACUGAACUGUUCGUACGCUUUAAAGUGAAAAUGUAGACGAAAGGCCGUCUCCAUUUAUUCCUUGGAAUAAGCCACUUCCUCCUGGGCCCAUUCACUUUCCGUUUGAGUUGUUUCGGUAACAGAAUAGCCCUGUCACGCAUGUGAUACUGCCUAUAAUUAGUUCCGCCGUAUGCACAACUUUCAGUGCCCCUCUUUCAUUUAACGCCUCUGAUAUUUCCACGUUCGCAUGUCCUCAUCCACGCGCAUUUCUCAGUUCCACCCAGCCAGGAGAGUAAGCACUCCCCGAGCCAACACGGCGCUUGCCCGGCUGCCGCGCCGCCUCGGGCUGCCGCUGC